CAUAAUACUCUUAUCACACUCAAAGCCUUCUUGACUAGCUAUCGACCAUGGUCUGCCAGAAAGUAGUUGUCAAUGAAGUGUCCGGUUGGCUUAGAGUCUUCGACGACGGCUCAGUCGACCGAACAUGGACUGGACCUCCUCAGGUCCAGUUCAUGACUGAGCCCGUCCCACCCCAUGACGAAUUCAUUGACGGAGUUGCAACCCGUGAUGUUUUCGUCAACAAAAACCUCCGCCUACGAAUUUAUCUGCCGGAAACAAACCCUGAGGACGAGACCAAGCUGCCCAUAAUACUUCACCUCCAUGGAGGAGGCUUUUGCAUAAGCCAAGCUGACUGGUACAUGUACUACCACAUGUACACCAGGCUUGCUCGCUCCGCCAAAGCCAUCUGUGUCUCCGUCUACCUAAGGCUGGCGCCCGAGCACCGCCUCCCUGCUCCCGUGAACGACGGCUUCUCUGCUCUUCUCUGGCUCCGUUCCCUCGCUCAAGGAGAGUCAUACGAGCCGUGGCUGAUCAAUCACGGCGACUUUAACCGUGUUUUUCUUAUAGGAGACAGCUCAGGCGGUAACCUCGUGCAUGAAGUUGCCGCCCGAGCUGGGAAGGCGGAUUUGAGUCCGCUAAGGCUAGCGGGCGGGAUUCCGAUCCACCCGGGUUUUGUUCGGGCAGUGAGGAGCAGGUCGGAGUUGGAGCAGCCAGAGUCGCCUAUGCUUACCAUUGACAUGGUGGACAAGUUUCUGAGCUUGGCAUUGCCGGUGGGGUCCACAAAGGACCAUCCGAUAACUUGUCCAAUGGGUUAUGGAGCACCGGAUUUGGAUAGCCUGAAGCUGCCUCCGUUUCUUCUUUGUAUUGCAGAGAGGGACAUGAUUAUAGACACAGAGAUGGAGUACUAUGAGGCCAUGAAGAAGGCUAAGAAGGAGGUGGAGCUUUUGAUCAGUCCUGGAAUGUCUCAUAGUUUUUAUCUUAACAAGAUUGCUGUGGAUAUGGACCCACAAACAGCUGCCCAAACUGAGGGGCUUAUUUCUGGGAUCACAGAGUUCGUCAAUAAGCAUUGAAGAGGCUUAGUUACCGGGUUACUAUAUUAUACUUAUUAUUUAUGGUUUUUGUUUAAACCUGUAAUUUUCCCUUUUGCCCCCAGCAGUUGCUGUGCUACAUAUAUGUGAUCAGUCUCACACUCAGGUGGGCUUUUU